AUGGAUGAUACAGGAUAUCUGGCGUAUGAAGAAAAUGAAACAGGUGAACUUAUAAUACCUGAAUGCGAGGCUAAGAGCAAACCGUUUGUGGGGCAGAUUUUUCCAAAUUUGGAUGUAGGAUGUAAGUUUUACGACGACUAUGCAGAGUUAUGCGGUUUUACAUCCAGAAAAAGCACAAGCACAAAGGAUGAUGAUGAUUUUGGUACGUAUAAUGUGCGCACGUUCAUUGAGGGUCAUAAUCACACCAUGGUUCCUACUGUAUCUAGACACCUUAUGCCCGUGAACAGGAACGUUACCCUUGCCCAUGAGAUGUGGAUUACGUCCGCGAUUAAAGCAAACAUUGGGCCUAUUAGAUCUUUUCGUAUGUACAAAGAGAUUAUGGGCGAGUAUGAGGAUAUUGGUUGCGUCAGUAAUGAUUUCAAGAAUUUUGUACGUGAUCUUAAUGUUUACGCACUUGAUUCAAAUGCUCACAUGAUUUUGCAAACAUUCUUGAAUAAAAAAGAGUUAGGCAAUGGCUUCCAAUAUUUCUAUGAUGUAGACGAUGAGAAUAGGCUUCGUCGAUUGAUUUGGACCGAUGAAGUCUCUGUUAAGAACUACAAAUUAUUUGGUGAAGCCGUGUCCUUCGACGCAACAUACAAUACCAACAUGUAUAAAAUGAUCUUCACACCGUUCAUGGGUAGGGAUAACCAUGGCAAGUGUUUGUCUUUUGGUGCAGCCAUCAUAUCUCGAGAAGAUGUUAAUUCGUAUUCUUGGGUUUUGGAGAAGUUUGUUGAAUGCGUGGGAAAUGCCCCACCACUAUUAAUAACUGAUCAAGAUCCAGGGUUGAAAAAGGCUGUUGCGGCAGUUUGGCCUCAAACACGUCACAGAUACUGCAUGUGGCAUAUUACAAUGAAGGUUGCUGAGAAGAUGCCGCAAAGACUGAGCGAUAUCACUGAGUUCAAAACCAACUUUGGGAAUAUUGUUUGGUCUGAAUUUGAUGAGCCUGCUGUUUUUGAGGAGAAUUGGCAAAAUCUUAUGGAUGAGUACGACCUGUCGGAUAAUAGAUGGUUUUCUGAUAUGUUCGAUGAUCGUUCACACUGGAUCCCUGCAUACUUUAGAGAUGUCAGUAUGAGUGGAUUAUUCAGAACUACAUCGUUGUCAGAGAGCGAGAAUAGCUACUUCAAACGUGCAUUGGAGGCUCAACGACAUAAUUAUCAUAAGACUACCUUUGCUGACGAGACUGGCAUUCUACCCAUGAAGACGAGACUUAAAAUAGAGAAGCAUGCUGCAACCAUAUACACCAACAACAUAUUCAAGGAGGUACAAGACGAGAUAGAUGAUUCGCAAACCCAUUGCAAUAUGUAUAAGAUGGAGGAGCAAGUUGAUGAGAGCAUAUAUACUGUGCAUGACAAUGUUGAUGGGAAAUUCGUGGUGCGACAUAGACUGUCGGACACUUAUACAUCUUGCAGCUGCAAUCUGUUCGUCGGGAAAGGUAUUCUGUGCAAACACAUUUUUCUUGCAUUUCGCACAUUGCAAGUUGAAAGAAUUCCUGAUAAAUACAUAUCAAUUCGCUGGAGCAAAUUUAGUAUAUUGUCGGCCAUGGUUCCUGGUUUUGAGCUAGGCAGUGCACCAAGCCAAAAUUCUGUUAUUGGUAACAAUAAAUUUUUCAACAUUGUUGGCAAUUGUAUUGGGUAUGUUGGUGACAAUCAAGUGCUACGUGAAGAACUCCUUGCAGCGCUGAUUGAAGUUGAAAAAAGAUUUGCGAAGGAGGGCAGUACAGAGUCUAAGCUAGAAGCUAAGCGUAGGCUUUUCAAGGAUUUUUAUGGUACUACAGCACCGGAAGUACCAUCUGUGUUACCUCCUCUCAUAUCCAAAACGAAAGGCAGUGGCGCAGGUGGAAGAAGAAAAUCGAACCAAGAGAAGGCCAUGGAUCUUGCUAAGAAGCCAUUGCGUAAUUGCAAGAAAUGCAAUACGAUGGGGCAUCAUGAUUCGAGGAAUUGCCCAACAAAUAAGCUUUCUAAUUGA